AUGGACGGAUUUUGCUCCAGAGCUAAUCUGGCUUGCACCCCAUUAUCAAAAACCAGUUUAAGGAUGAUUAAGGCUACCAUAAAUGGGCUCUCAUCAGUUUUCCAAGAAGGGAAACAAAUCCAACUACCCAGCUUUGAUAAAGCAAGUCUUCCUCCUCGCUCGUUUCUUCCAUCCCAUUAUGCAUCCAAAAUAUCUAUCACUAGUUCAAGUGAUCUCCAGAAAAUUUUCCCUGAUUUAUUCGCUUCCAACCCAAUGAAAGAAACCAUUGAAAGGAGUAUUUCAUUUUGUACUUCUCCAUCUCGAGCAGGAGAGAUUAAGACAUGCUCAAAUUCCCUCGAGGACAUGAUACAAUUUUCCAAGCAAACAUUGGGCAGGAGCAGCGGAAAACUACUUGCUUUGACUUCGAAAAGCGAAAAAGGUUCAGGAAAAGAGCUUGAAAUUGGAAAAAUCAAACGUCUCCAUACUCAAAAAAUGGUGUCUUGUCAUGAAGUUUUCUAUCCAUUUGCCACUUACUUUUGCCAUUUUCUCCCAUCAUCCACAACUCGCCUCUACGCGGUCGAUUUUGUGGAUCCCGGAACAAAAGCUCAGGUUAACACCAUCCUAGCGCUAUGUCAUAUGGAUACAUCAGCAUGGCCUGCUGAAAACAUGGCUUUGAAGGUAUUGAAAUUAUCUCCGGGUAAAGGCGAAGCAUGUCACUGGUACGGAAAAGAUGAUCUUGUCUGGAUCUAG